UGUCAUUGCAGACGAGGGGAACGUCAGGCUAUAAACACAACGUUUGACAUUUUGCAUUUUUCGAAACAUUCUUGAGCGUAAUUUACAACGAUUUUUUGUGUAAUAAAGCUAUCAGUGUUCAAACAUUGGACUACUUUCAAAGGUAUUGAAACAGUGAAAUAUGGGAUUUAUUUAAUAUUGGAAUUAAUUACGACAGUUUACCAUAAUGACAAGAACUAGAGCAUCGUGGUACUAUGAACUUUGGUGAAGACAACAUGAACUACAUGCAUGAAGAUCAGUAUGGUGGGCAUGGCCCAUACAGUGGAGAUUAUAACUCAUAUAACGGAGGGCCACACCAUGACACAUCCCUACAUUCAUCACAUGUAUCAUUACAAAGUACAGGCAGUAACAGAAACAGAGCACAGAUGAAACUUAGCAACCACAACCUGGGCAGUCAGAGGUCAAUACCCCAGGAUCAGUAUAACCAGGACAACUACGCCCCCUAUUCUAGUCUACAGAGGAAUGAUUAUCAAGGAUCUCCAGUCCCCUCAAAUGGGUCCCCACGGGGACCGGGCACACCUACAAGGUUUAAUAACAAUUACGAUGAUUAUCAAGAUAAUUAUCGUAAUAGUCCUGUAGCUUAUCAAGCUAAUCCCUCUCAGGGAUAUGGGGAGCCAGAUUAUUAUGAUGAAAAUCCCAUGCAGCAACAAUACUUCCAACAUCCAGAAUCAGCCAAUCACAAUGAUUCUUUUAGGGGAGGGCAGGAUGACAGAUAUGGUGGUCCACCUGAGGACAGCUUCUAUAGACAGUCACCUAUGCUAGAUAACAGAUACGGAGGUGGAGCACCUCCUGAUGACCCUCGGGACAAUUAUAUGGACAGUCCCAGGGGUGGUUACCGUGGUGAAGACAGUUUUCAAGGUCAUCCUGACAACAGUUUCCAAGGGCAACCAAAUUAUUCUAGCCAGCCACAACUAGAUAGGUAUGGUCAGCCAAUUGAGAAUGGAUAUCCAGCUGGUAUGAUGCCCCAAGAAGAGGUGCCCCACCCUGAUGACAGAUACAGGGAUAAUAUGGAUGACAGCUAUAGAGGCCCUCAGGAUGAGGGUUAUCCUGGCCCUCAGGAUGACAGUUACAGAGGGCCUCAGGAUGACAGCUUCAGAGGCCCAGUUCCACAGGAUGACAGGUCUAUACCCACAUUGUAUAGAGAUUUGAAUGACGACGGUUAUAGAGGGGAUAAUUAUGAUGACCAGCCAUCCAAUCCGAAUUUCCAGCAUGAUCCUCAUGGUAACGGUUACCCUGACAACAUGCCACGUGAUUACGGUGACGACUCAUACCAGCAGGAACCAGACAGGCGGCACGAAGGUCUACCCCAGGUACAAGAUGAUCCAUUUGCCGACGAUCCAUUCAGACAAAAGCAGAGAAGUUUGUUACAGUUACAAGGGGAGGAUCCUUACCCCAGGGGACCUUCACCUGCUGCAGGGAGUGAUAGAAUGGGUCCCGGUAGUUACACAGAUCGACCACCUCAGUAUGACCACAUGGAUGGUCAGGAACCACCGGGACGAUAUUUUGAUGAAGGUAUGGGACCACCAAUGGGCUCUCAACCACAUAUUGAUAGCUAUCCUGAUGAUGGGCGCCGGACACCCUCAACAAAUGGUGGAACUAUGAGAUGGAGAUCUCCAGACCUUCAGGAAGUGAUAGAUUUUCUAAGCCACCCUAGUGAUAUGAUAAAAGCCAAUGCGGCUGGUUACAUUACACAUCUCAGUUACAUGGAUGAUAGCAUUAAACAGAAAGUACGAGGUCUUGAUGGAAUUCCACUACUAGUUGACCUAUUGAACAGUGAGUUCCCUGAGGUACAUAAAAAUGCAUGUGGAGCUCUGAAAAAUCUCUCCUAUGGCAGGAACAAUGAUGAAAAUAAGAAAGCAAUAAAGAAUGCAGGUGGAAUUCCAGCAUUGGUACGGUUGUUAAGGAAGACUCAAGAUGAAGAUGUUAAAGACUCGGUGACUGGUGUCCUCUGGAAUCUCUCCUCUAAUGAUGAUCUGAAGAAACCUAUCAUAGAUGAUGGUCUGGCCGUGCUUGUUAAUGUUGUUAUAAUUCCACAUUCGGGUUUAGAGAAGCGGGGCCUAGCACCAUUCCAAGCCCAGGAACCCUGGACCACAGUUUUCAGAAAUGCCACAGGUGUUCUAAGGAAUGUAAGUUCAGCUGGUAUGGAAGCUAGAAAAAAGUUACGCGAGUGUCAUGGACUUGUAGAAUCAUUAAUUCAUACAUUACGGACUGCUAUAGAUCAAAAUAAUGUGGAUAAUAAACCUAUAGAAAACUGUGUUUGUACAUUACGUAACCUAUCAUUCCGGAUACAAGAAGUCGAAGAUCCAGAUUUUUAUAAAAAACGCAUGGCAACAUUAAAGAAACAAAAACAGCAAGGAAAGGGAGAAACAACUGGGUGUUUUGGGGGUGGAUCAAAAAAGAAGGGCACAAAAGGAAAAGGAAGUCAAAAUGUAGACAGCAUGGAAAUGCCAAGGUUACCUCCCUCUUCAAAUGAAUACCGAGGAUUAUGGGGCGUUGAUGCAGUACGGUAUUUCCUCACAUUAUUAUCGGGCUCAAAUCCUGUCACACUAGAGGCUGCAUGUGGGGCAAUACAAAAUCUGGCUGCUUGUGAUUGGAAGCCAGCGGUUGAGAUUCGAGCAUUGGUGCGGAAAGAGAAAGGGUUGCCAAGUCUGGUUGAUCUGUUAACAUACGAGGUAGAACGUGUUGUAGGAGCCUCCGCUACAGCAUUACGGAACCUCUCUAUCGAUGAGAGAAAUAAAGAACUUGUUGGUAAAUAUGCCAUGAAACAGUUAAUAAGCAAUUUACCACAAGAAAACAGACCAAAAGAAUUAACAGAUGAAACUGUGUGUGCAGUUCUGGCUUGUCUCAAUGAAGUUAUACAGCAUAAUCAAGAGUUUGCAAAAUCAUUUUGUACAGAUGGAGGCUUGCCUCGACUGAUGUAUUUAACGAGGGUACAUGAAACAUAUAACGCAAAAACCAAGAAAUAUGCUGCUUCUGUGUGUCAAAGUUUGUGGGAAGUAAAAGUAUUACAUAAAAUGUAUUUAGGACAGGGAUAUACAGAAAAAGAUUUCAAACCAGUAGUACCUGUAUCAAUUGUUGGUCAACCAAACAGUAACUUCUCAACACCAUAUAACACCAUUAGUCGACCAGCUUACAGUCAGGGUUAUGAUGAUACCACAUUGGCAUCACGGCGUGGCAAUGGUUACACAGGGAAUCAAGCCGUGAUGGGAAGUAAUCCAAGGCUUGUACAGGGUCACAGUAAUCCUGCACUUGAUCAACAUGACAUGUAUGGAAGUAAACAGGGUCGACUGGAUGCUGUACCUAUGAAUGAUAUUGGUCCAGGUUACGCCCCCAUUGACGAACAAAGAAACCCACGAAAUAAACCUCCAGCUGGGGCAGUACCUCUCUUCCCAAAUAUGAUGCCGGGUCAGCCACAAGGGAGUCCUACCCAGGAACCACUGUAUGCAAGGGUGAACAAGAAAAGACCAGUCAGUCCGAGUCAGGUUAUGUUGGGACAGGAACAGGCGGAAGGAGCAGAUUCAUGGGUAUAGCGAACAUUGUGAUAAAACAGAGAGGAUUGAUUUAUUGUGAACAACUCUCAAUAGGCUAACACAACAUAAGUCAACACAACAUAGGUCAACACAACAUUGGCCAAUAAUAGGGAAGCUCAAAUACGGUAUCCUGAUGUUCAGGCAGUGAUAAUCUGUCUGGAGGAAACCGUCUCCUUAUCUGUGUUGAUGAUGGAGUCAACAGAAUUGUUUAUCACUUUUUUGGCCUAAGUGUUUUGUAGGUAAUACUUGAAGGACUGAUAAAAAAGCCUUUGUAUUACUUAUACACAUUGAAACUUUCUAUUAACUUUAGUGCAUUUCCUUAGGAAAUAAAACUGUUGUGCCAACUAUGAAAGACAAAUAAUUCAAUACAUGACUGUAAAUUCAGUGUUGUAUAAUGUUUAUGAGAUACAAUAAACAAAUCCCUAUGUGUUGAUACUACACAACAUUAUUUUUAACCUUGAAUGAAUGUGUUGACACAAAUAUAUGCUUGUGCUUUUCGGGUGAGAGGAGAUGGUAUGGUGGAAGGAUUGUGGGUAGACUGCUAUUGCAUGACAAGCUGUAAUCAACUGUGGGGUACCUUGAGUAUUGGUUUUAUAAACCAUAAAGGUUGUUGAGUUGAAUAGGUAACAUCUAUCAGACAAGCUUAAGGAGGAUUAAACAAUGAUGUUCUACAUAAAGGACAUGGUUGGGUGUUAUUCCUUUACAUUUUGAAUGUAUGUUGAUGUUAGGAGGCAGUGAUGCAGUUAUGGCCUAAAAGUUGUUUUUUUUACAUUCCAUAUAACAUGUGACGCAUUGUAUUUACCAGUAUGGUGAUAUUUAACAUUAUAAUUAUGCAAAAACAAAGUUCAUAUGGCAUAAGUGGCUAUGAAUUUUGUAUAUUUUUAAGAAAAGUAGAUUAAAUAAUGAUUGUGAAGUGUGAAUACUUAAAAUAUUUGUGAUCAUGAGAGAAAUAUGAGUUAUUGUGAACCAAUUUUUGUACAUUUCGUUUUAUUUUUAUUUGUUUUCGUCAUUUCGUUCACUAACUAAAAUCAUCUGGGAUGUGUGAGCAAUUUUUAUAUAAUACAUACCUAAAUAUUAUUGUUAUGCAGUAACUGUAUAGUUGUGUAUGAGCAUUUUUUUCUCUCCCAAAGCAGUUUAUAUCCAUAGUGAUUCUUCUUA